AUGGGCCAUGGACCGACUUCGAAGGCUUUUGGGCUUUUCAAGGAAGACUUUGGAUUUGAGAGAAGGUCCAGUGUAAAGGUUCGGCUCUGUUGUGUUCUUGAGAGUUUGAUAAGCAGGAAGAAGGAAGCGUUCGAGGGUUGUGAAAGAUUUCUAGAGGAAGAAGGUUCAGUUCCCAAGUUAGCUAUCUCCGAUGGCACAAACGUUAUUGGUCGUGACAACAUUCCUGUUCCGGACAAGAGGCUCAGCCGCAAGCACCUCACUUUAACUGCUUCUCGCGAUGGCUCCGCUAAUUUGCUCGUCGAGGGAACAAACCCAAUAGUUGUUAAUUCCGGGAAUAAGAGAAGGAAGGUGAAUCCUAAAGAAGAAGCUACAAUUUGUAAUGGUGAUGUAAUCGAGCUCAUUCCCGGUCACCAUCUUUUUAAAUAUCAGGUGUUGGGUGGUGACAGAAAAUCUUCCAGUGGUAGAAACAAUGAAGCUCAAUCAUCAUUUAGAAAUAAACCUUCAGGCAGGACUUCACGGGAUAAAGUUGAAACAUGCAGCCAGAAACAAGUCAGAAAUGCAGACACAAGGAAGUCUGUGGAUUCACAGUCGAGUGAAGACAGUAGUGUGGAGGCCAUUCGUAAUUUCCAUGUCCCUAAUGACCAAAUACCUUCCACUUUUCGACUUUUGCGUGUGCAAGGGUUACCACCGUGGGCGAAUAUUUCUUGUGUUUCUAUAGGUGAUGUCAUUCAGGGGGAUAUUCUAGUUGCUAUUCUAUCAAACUACAUGGUAGACAUUGACUGGUUGAUUCCUGAGAGCAUUACAUUACAUAUUUACAUAUCCAAAAGGGGCAAUCCAACUGUUUAUGUCUCAAUUAAGCGCAACCAUAGACUGUGGCAUGCCGCAUGUCCUGCACUUUCAAAAGUGCCCCAUGUGCUAGUCAUUCACGGGGAAAGUGAUGGCAGGGUAGAUUACAUAAAGAGAAGCAAACCUGCAAAGUGGAUUCUGCACAAACCAUCAUUGCCAAUUUCAUUUGGGACACACCAUUCAAAGGCCAUGGUGCUUAUAUAUCCUCAAGGAGUGAGAGUCAUUGUGCAUACAGCGAACUUAAUUUAUGUAGAUUGGAACAAUAAAAGCCAAGGUUUGUGGAUGCAAGAUUUUCCAUGGAAAGAUCAAAAUAGUCCAAGCAAGGGAUCUGGAUUUGAAAAUGACCUGGUUGAAUAUCUCAGUAUGUUGAAGUGGCCAGAGUUCUCGGUUAAACUUCCAUCCCUUGGAAGUGUCAGUAUAUGUCCAUCUUUCUUCAGGAAGUUUGAUUAUAGUGAUGCAAGGGUUAGAUUAAUUGCAUCUGUACCUGGAUAUCAUUCUGGUACUAGUUUGAAAAAGUGGGGACAUAUGAAGCUGCGUUCUCUGCUCCAGGAGUGUACUUUUAAUGAAGAGUUUAAGAAAUCUCCACUUGUUUAUCAGUUCUCCUCCCUUGGCUCUCUGGAUGAAAAAUGGAUGACUGAGCUAGCAUCAUCAAUGUCAGCAGGUCUCUCUGAAGACAAAACACCCCUUGGUUUGGGGGAGCCUCAAAUCAUAUGGCCUACUGUAGAAGAUGUCAGAUGCUCAUUAGAGGUAAAGCUGGUGACUAAUACCCAGACGGGCUAUGCAGCUGGAAGUGCAAUUCCAAGUCCUCUAAAGAAUGUGGAGAAAGCAUUUUUAAAGAAGUAUUGGGCAAAAUGGAAAGCAGACCAUACUGGUCGCUGUCAUACAAUAGUUUUUUGCAAUCCAGUGAUUGAAUUUGAAGAAACUGGUUGCUUUUAUGAGGAAUUUUGCUCUGCUCUUUUUAACUGUGGAAACACCCUCUUCCCAAAUAGUUGGUUCUUGCUUACUUCGGCAAAUCUUAGUAAAGCUGCCUGGGGAGCUCUCCAGAAGAAUAACACUCAGCUGAUGAUUCGUUCGUAUGAGCUGGGAGUGCUAUUUUUACCAUCAUCAUUCAAACGACGAGGAUCUGUAUUUUCCUGUACAAGUAAUGUUGCACUAUCUGAGGGUAAAUGUCCAGUCCAUGAAUCUUCUGAAAUGAAGAAAACAAAAUUAGUAACCCUAACUGGGCAGAAAAGGGAGAGUAUGCAUUCACCAUCUCAUGUUAUUAUCCCUUUACCUUUGCCUUACCAGCUUCCUCCCCUGCCUUAUUCUUCCCAAGAUGUCCCCUGGUCUUGGGACCGGCAAUAUAAAAAUAAAGAUGUAUAUGGUCAAGUUUGGCCACGGAUAUGA